AUGGCGCCUGUAAAGAUCAAGAACGAGCCCCCCAAGAAGACCGAGGCCCAGAUCAUCGUCGGCCUACAAGAGCAUAUCAUCGUCCUCGAAAAGCGCCUGCGGAAGAAGCAGAAGAUGGGAGAGGUCACCGAUGACGACAACAACAAUUACAACUACAACAACUACAACCAUGACGACAACAACUACAACAACUACAACGAAGACGACAACAGCUACAACUACAACGGCGACAACGACAACGAAGACGACGACAACGAAGACGACGACAAUGACAGCAAGGACAGCGAUGACGACGAUGACGACGAUGACGGCGAUGUCGCUCCAAUCUUCUCCAACACCUCCGACACCCAGCUCGCCCUCCGCCUCGAUGGCGUCACCCGUCAGCGCGAUCAAUACAAGGGCGCGAUCGAGGUAGGCCUGGUCGAGAACACCAAGCUCCGCGAAGAGCGCGACCACUACCGGGAUCUCUACAUGGGAGUGAUUCGCUCUACCGGCAGCGCCAACACCAACAGCGUCGGUAACAACAACUUCCUCAAGAUCGAGUCGAACUCUACCCACUACCACAUCAACAUGGCUCAGGAUAGCAACCCCUUCAGUGGCUUCGUCAAGGCGCCCAAAAUCAGCGAGCCCAGCGAGCCCGAGGUCAAGCGUCCGAUAUACGGCGAUCAGUGUCAUCGCGAAAAGAGGCACAAGCCUUGUCGCAAGACUUCAUGUCCCUACUGGCACCGUUCCCAAGGCGCGCGUUUCGCCGCCAUUCGCCCUACUCUCUUCUCCAACAAGGCUGCCGAGAACCGAGCUCAGCGCCGCUGA